AUGGCUACUAAAAGAAAAUCACUGUGUAUUGACGAAAAAGUUUUACUGAUACGCGCAAUAGAAACGGGAGAGAGCUACCGGUGGACUCAAGGCAGGGUGCGUGGAGUUGCAAAGCCGCCAGAGUGGGGCGUCGCUAAACAAAAACACGUAUACAAAGACCGAGCGCGCGCUGAUUGGCCGAUGCCAGAUCGUCGGCCGCCCCUCGCCUCCCUCCGCAGUGAACGUCGGCCGGCUUGA